AUGUCCCAAAGACCUGAGCCUCUCCGCCUCGGCAGCACUGCCCCCAACUUCGAUGCCGACACCACCAACGGUCCCAUCAACUUCCACGAGUUCAUCGGAGACAAGUGGGUGAUCCUGUUCUCUCACCCCGAGGACUACACCCCUGUCUGCACCACCGAGCUCGGUGCCUUCGCUAAGCUCGAGCCCGAGUUCACCAAGCGUGGCGUUAAGCUCAUUGGUCUUUCGGCCAACACUGUCGACAGCCACGGUGGCUGGAUCAAGGACAUUGACGAGAUCUCCGGCUCCAGCCUCAAGUUCCCCAUCAUUGGCGACAAGGAGCGCAAGGUUGCUCUCGCCUACGACAUGCUUGACCACCAGGACGCCACCAACGUCGACUCCAAAGGCAUUGCUUUCACCAUCCGCUCUGUCUUCAUCAUCGACCCUAAGAAGACUAUCCGCACCAUUCUCUCAUACCCUGCUUCCACUGGUCGCAACACUGCUGAGGUCCUCCGCAUUGUCGACUCGCUCCAGACUGGCGACAAGCACAGAGUCACCACUCCUAUCAACUGGGUUCCUGGUUAG